AUGGCCGCCAACGCGGAAGACCUCUUCAUCCGACCCCUCAGGGACGUGGUCGCGGCCGGGAAUGCCGCUGUUACAAACGCCACCACCCGCGCCCCUCCUCAAAGCCCCGGAUCCGCCGACCAUGUCGAUCCCAUGUCAAGGGCCGCACAGGCCCUCCUUCGGGAAGGAGAGCGGGCACUGAACAAGGUGCAGCUAGUCUGGCGCGACCAGGUUAGCAGGUAUGGCGAUGGCUUCCGCGAGGUCAUGGUGCAACAAGCCUCCAUCGAGAACAGGCGGCUGCACCUCGAGGAUCUUCUUUGGGAUUUUGACGACUUUACACAACCGGACGAAUUCGACCAGGCAAGAUAUGCAGCCCUCCAGGCUGCUACCAAAGCCUUUGCGCUUGACGUUGUCGAAACAGCAAAACGGCUAAAGCUCGAGACAGCAGCGCCUGCAAUCCCACCAGGGGGGUUCCCUCCUUUACCUCCUCUUCCAACUCGACCGGAGACACGGUCUGUUCCCAGUUCUCGCCCACCCUCUACCCGAUCGACUCGCGCACGCGCCCAGUCUAAAGCCGGCGCCGCCCACGAUGAGGGUGACGAUGUUAAUGGGGAGAACAGCGAGUCCGUGCCCCAAAGCCCCCGACCUAGCACGCGAUCAUCUUCUGGCCCUGUGUACCGGCGAGAUAGCGUGGAAGCGAAUGUACGAGCAGCAACAGCAAAUCACCAUGCACGGAGCCAAUCCGCCGCCGCACAUGGGCCAUACCAGUCCCACGACGCGUUUACCCCUCCCGCUUCGCCUAGUAUUGGCCCGGUACCACGACCCCAAGACCUGACUCUCAACACGUCAGGCCGCCCGAGGACAUUUGACUCAGCCCCCAGCCCAAGCACCACACACACCCGGACCUCUGUGAUGUCAAAUACCAGCUCGUCCUCGUCUGCCUUGCUCGGUAGUCUGGACUCCCUCGUCAUUGCCGAGGAUUCCAGUGAACUGGACUGGCCGAUUUCCCGCGAGGCCGAGGUUACCAUGACCAACACUCGCUCGUCGGUCAAUGGCGGUGUGGAAGAGCCGGGGUUGAUCGGGCUGGAUGCGUUGCUGAAAGAAUCAGCCUACAACAGCGAUCGCCGCAAAUCAAGGCCGGCGAGCCCUCGCAUCCCGGAUUGCGCGAUAAGCCAAGAUAGUACAUAUUACAAGCUCAGAGGGCUCUGCAAGGGAGCAACAAAAUUUAGGAAGGACGGUAACUGGGACAGCAUCAAGCUUAUUAAUGAGGAUGAGUAUGGUAGCGCGGCGGCCGGGCCCGGGGACAUGAUGCGGGCGUCCGACGGCAUCACGGUCCCGUUUCAGUACGAGACCGCCAAAGUGGGAGCAUGCGGAGAUUGUGGGUAUGCCCAUGAUCUAGACGAGGUGGAGCUCGACAUGAGCGAUAGUCGUAAGAACAUACCAACCACUGGCAUCAUCCCAAGUUUGCUUGCAGCUAACCAUCCGCUACAGCCGAAGCAGUGCGUUCCGAAUCUGGCGCCCGUUACCGCCUCCGGCUCCUCUUUAAAUCUCACCUUCGGCAAGGGAACAGUACAGAAACCUUGUACGCCUGCCUCUGGUGUGUCCAAGCAGGCACUACCAGCAGGGAAGGAGACUCAACUGUAUUCCGGUCGGCGAAAGACCUCCUGCGCCACCUCGGACGCCACCCCCAACCACUUCCCUCGAUAUCCGGCAUUUCAUUUAUGGAGGGCGCACGUAUCGUGGGAGUCAUCUUUCCGGAGAAAUGGGGAGGGAAGUACUGUCUGGGGCGGCAUGACGGCGAGUUUGGGGCGUUCCCCGCGAAGGCCAUCGAACUGCGGGAGCCCCAGGAGACCGAGAUUCCGAUCGGCGGGGAGAACGGCAUGA